ACUAUCAGGUGACAGUGAAAAACAGUAACAGUAAAGUCUUGCUCGGGAAAGCUGCGCUAGAAUGAGCAGGUUGGGGGUGGAGGACUGCGGGGAGGAUGAGGACAGCGAGUGCGGCUCUAUCGGGCUGGAGUUCGCUUAUGGGGGAGAAGCUGAGUGUAACAUCGUGGAUGGAGACCCCGACAACCCAGCAGCACCCGGUGAGGGUAUGUACAGUGCAGUCAGCCACCCAACUGAUCGCUUCUGAUAAACUCGUCCAUCUAGUAGUCACCCCAGUCACACUCCCUGUCAUUGUCAUAGGAAUGCUAUCAACUGUUAUGCACUUCAGUGAUGACUACUGCACAGAGGUCAAACCCAGGAUCCUGCUAAUGGGAUUGAGAAGAAGUGGAAAAUCUUCUAUCCAGAAAGUAGUCUUCCACAAAAUGUCGCCUAAUGAGACACUCUUCCUAGAAAGUACCAACAAAAUCUGUCGGGAUGAUAUCGCCAACAGCUCUUUUGUUAAUUUUCAGAUCUGGGACUUUCCUGGGCAGAUUGAUUUUUUUGAUCCAACAUUUGACUAUGAGAUGAUCUUCAGAGGGACAGGGGCCUUGAUAUUUGUGGUUGACUCACAGGAUGAUUACAUGGAGGCUUUGGCCAGACUGCAUCUCACGGUGUCCAGGGCAUACAAGGUAAACAAAGAGAUCAAUUUUGAAGUUUUCAUCCAUAAAGUAGAUGGUUUAUCUGAUGAUCACAAGAUAGAAACGCAAAGAGAUAUCCACCAACGAGCAAAUGAUGACCUUGCAGAUGCUGGCUUGGAAAAACUUCACCUCAGUUUCUAUUUGACAAGUAUUUAUGACCAUUCAAUAUUUGAAGCAUUUAGCAAAGUGGUGCAGAAACUGAUUCCUCAACUUCCAACAUUAGAGAAUCUAUUAAACAUCUUCAUCUCAAAUUCAGGAAUUGAAAAAGCCUUCCUCUUUGAUGUAGUCAGCAAAAUCUACAUUGCAACAGACAGUAUACCAGUAGACAUGCAGACUUAUGAACUCUGCUGUGACAUGAUAGAUGUUGUAUUUGACAUAUCCUGCAUAUACGGGCUUCGAGAAUUUGGUGGAGGAAGCACAUAUGACAAAGAAUCUGUAGCAAUCAUAAAACUGAACAAUACAACAGUUCUUUAUCUAAAAGAAGUGACAAAAUUCCUUGGUCUAGUAUGUUUUCUUAGGGAAGAAAGUUUUGAGCGCAAAGGUUUGAUAGACUACAAUUUUCAUUGUUUUCGCAAAGCUAUUCAUGAGAUUUUUGAAGUUCGCACGACCAUACUUAGGUGCCGCAAACAGCACAGAGGACUGCAAAGAAGCAAAUUGGGAACUCCCAAUGGCACACUUGGACCUUAGUCAUAAAGAUUGCUAUGUUCACGGUGUUUCAGUGAUGCUAAGUAGCUAUACUGUGAAAACAAUGCACUCAUAUGCUUGAAGAUAUUGCUCAGGAUACUAGUACUGAUAGAGAAAUUUCUCUAAAGCAAGCACUUCGUAAAAGGUAUAUUUUUCUUUAGCAGAUGCUGAAAAUCAGUAUUUAUCAUAUGUAACUUCUAUGUAUUACAAAAUUUCUUCCUGCUGAAAUUGUAGUAGUUUAGUUCCAAGCAAAUUAAAUCCAGUUUAAUAUGCUGUAGCUUUCCGUGUUCAUAGGACAUGGGUUGACAAUUUCAGAGAAUGUCAAGUUUCUGACAUUUUAAUCUCAUGCCAGUGCACCCAGCUUUAGAGACCCUACACUUUGUUUUUAUCUCCAUUUUUCUCUGUUACUGUCCUAAAUAGGUUCAAUGGCACCUCAGGCACCAGCGAGGCUGUAACCAUGAAGACUUUUUACAGAGAUAAAUGUGGCCGUCCAGUUUGUUUUGUUGUCCAUUGUAGGGUUACAAAUCAGGAGAUGGGUCAUUGCCACUUUAAAUGACUUUCUUUGCAGUAGCUCGACUGAACUGCAUUUCUUAUUUUAACAAAUCACAAGACGGAGAAAUGUUACUGAGGUAGCUGUCAUUGGCUUAAUCCUGUCUAGUACCUUAUCUAAGUAGCCAUUCUUUAUGAGAGACAAGAGGUAAGGCCUUCAGAGUUAGCAGGCAAGUCCAUGUAUAGGAAGCAACACAGCCAAGCUUGAUACUGUCCAUGCAUGAUGUUCACACACACAUAAACUCUUCCAGGAGGAGUUGAUGAUUACUAGCAGGGCAUGACUGAAUUUUUACCCCUUGUUAGUGCAGGUGUGUUGACAUUUGUUGGGAUUCAGCUAAACAUCUUGGCCUGCACAGCCUCAUUCCAUACUGGGCAGUAUACAUUCCAACUGUGGCACUGAGAGGGUAAAGAGUUGCUGCUGUCCUUCAAAGCUGUUGGCUCGGAACCACUACAAAAUAAUUGCAGUACAGGUUUGUAUUUAGCAUUGAGAUUCCUGAGUACAAGUUGAGUUGAGACCAUGGAAUGGAGCUACCUCCAUUUACCUCUCCCUGCCCUGGAUUGUAAGGAGGAUCUCUCAGAGGUGAGUACUUCAUAAGGUACCGGGGCUCCAAUACCCUGUUUUUUUUUUACUGAAACCAAAGAGUACAAAUGCUGUAAAACUAAGCAGAAGCCUGGUCCUUUUUGAGUGACUAGUACUGACAUGUGACAAUGCGCUAUGUUUACUAUGCUGUUUAUCAAUUGGAUGUCAAGUCUAUUAUGUAGCUGGCUAUUUUUAUUUUUUUGUUCUGGCUGAAAAAGUAAAAUAAUAUGCUGAUUUUAAAAAA